UUUUAUGUACAUUUUUACUAUUGUCAUGUCGCUUACUAUGAAGCUUUGAUCAGUGUCUUUAAGAUUUUGAUUCAGAUAACAUCGUGUGGGUAAUGAGUAAGAUAAUCAACGUCUUGUGAAGGAAAAGUGAUUUUUGAAAGAAAAAAGAAGAAUGAAGAUGACUUACUGAUUUAUUUUUCUAAAUUGUGCAAAACGGUGUUUUUAUUCAAGAUAGUCAAGAUUAUUUUCUUCAUUAUUUAGUUCUUUACCUCUGCUAGAAAUAUUCAAAUUUUACUGGAAAAAUGUUGCAAGGCUGGAGACUACAAAUAUCACGAUGUUUCAUAAUACCUCAAAGGUACGUUCUGGGUAUCAUGGGGUUUUUCGCUAUUGUCAACGCUUACACGAUGAGAGUGUCGCUGUCCUUGGCUAUCACCGAAAUGGUCGUACCGAUAAAAACCGCAGAGUACUACGAUCCAGACGCGUGCAUCCCAGAGGAGAACAGCAGAAAUAACAGCGCCAUUAAAGACCAAACUACGCUGUAUGAAUGGGAUGAAAAAACACAGGGACUGAUCCUAAGUUCCUUUUAUUGGGGAUAUGUCAUAACGCAUCUUCCUGGAGGAAUCCUGGCGGAAAAGUUUGGUGGAAAGUAUUCCUUGGGACUAGGAAUAUUAUCUACAGCUAUAUUUACCCUUAUUACACCUUUUGUUAUUGUUGCCACUGGUGGAAAUUGGAAAGCAUUGGUAGCUUUAAGGGUGAUAGAAGGAUUUGGAGAGGGCACUACAUAUCCAGCUUUGACAGCUCUGUUAGCAAAAUGGGUACCACUCAGGGAAAGAGCAACAAUAGGAAGCCUAGUAUACGCGGGCAGUCAGUUUGGAACAAUUUUAAGUAAUUUGAUCAGCGGUGAACUGAUACGCUACACCGAAGAUUGGGCUUCAGUAUUUUACUUUUUUGGAGGCCUUGGUGUCGUUUGGUUCAUUUUUUGGGUAUUCUUGUGUUAUUCUGAUCCGGAGAGUCAUCCCUACAUGAGCGACAACGAGAGGGAGUACUUACAAAAAGAAUUAGCAAGCGUUUCUACAGAAAAACCACCAAUACCAUGGAAAGAUAUCUUCACAUCGGUCCCAGUAUGGGCAUUGGUGAUCACUCAAGUUGGCCACGAUUGGGGAUUCUUCACCAUGGUCACUGACCUGCCCAAAUACAUGAAAGACGUCCUCAAAUUUAACGUGUCUCAAAAUGGAAUGUGGUCUUCAGUUCCGUACAUUGUGAUGUGGUUCACUUCACUUGGUUCUGGAUGGCUUUGUGAUUUGCUUGUGAGGAAGAAUAUUAUGAGUUUGACGUUCUCUAGGAAAUUCUUCACUAGCAUAGCAUCCAUGGGUCCCGCUGUCUUUAUCUUAGUAGCAUCAUACGUAGGUUGUGACAGAAUGCUGGCAGUAUGGAUGUUUACCAUCGCUAUGGGUUUCAUGGGUUGCUACUACUGCGGAAUGAAAGUGAAUGCCUUAGAUUUAAGUCCCAAUUUUGCAGGGACUCUGAUGGCUAUAAUAAACGGUUUGGGAGCUACAAGUGGUAUUGUGACGCCUUAUUUGGCAGGAGCAUUAACAGAAGACCACACCUUAAAACAAUGGAGACUGGUUUUCUGGAUAACUUUUGGAGUUUUUGCAGUCACCAAUCUGAUCUACCUAAUAUUCGGCACUGGAAAUGUUCAGAAAUGGAACGAUCCAGAAUAUAAUAAAAACAAGAAAGACGGAAAGGAACAGAAAAUAGAGAAUGGAACACGCUACGAAGACCAGAAAUUUUAAAUUAAUUUUAUGUUAUUGACUUGACCUAUGUGGAGAUGUGACAAUAGUAAAUAGUACUCACAGAUUUUUUAUUAAAUCUAUCUUGUUCCUUUAUUUAUAAAGAGGAAUGUACAGAGGAAUCUUGAAGAAAAUAUACCGUUGGAUUCAAUAAAAAUGGUGUCAUAGUAGGUGCAAAAUAAUAUUUUAGUUUGUGGUUUACUAAAGAUGUAUGUGUGGCUUUUUAUUUCGGUGCAAUAAUAUAGGUACAGUUAUUAUUCUACGCCUACUAUUACGUCGUUUUCAUUCGAUUAUACUAUAUGUUUUUUUUAUUGAAAAAAAUUAGUUAAAAAUCGAAACAAUCUGUAUAUUAUAUAUUGCUGUGAUAUAAUCAAUAAAAUAAACAGUUUUUGCGUAAGAUUAGUAA